UUAAAGGACUAGUAAAGCUAAAGCUGAUAAUAUGUCUAUUAUAUCGGCCACUAGCCGCAUACACUGAUGGGAAUAGUUGUUCUAGUAUAUACCAGAGCAUUGGAUAAAAUACCGGAGAAAAACUGACUCAAAGUCCUAAUAAAAUCGCAUUUUAAAAAACUGCCAAACCGAAAUUUGUGUUAGAAGGGAUAGCUGCUUCGUGGACUGCUAAAAUUUCUUCUUUUUUACUAUUUUGUGGGAGCUCCGCUUUCAGGCUUUGGUAAAUCCAUAUAUCAUGAAUGAAUAAUUCUGUAGCCAGAUUCUCUUGCGAUAUUUCGGGCGAUUAAACUAUUAUAGUGCGUUAUCUAUUUGCACGCGGAUUAGAAUGAGAUGGGUGUUGCUUUUGUUUCACUUCUGUUUGAACAGUAUGCUAGAUGAUUAUUAAUUUUUCCUCCUUAUAAUUGCCGGAACCCUCUUUUUCUGUCGUAGCGACAGUCUAUUUAUUUUACCGUCAAUCUUUAAAAACUGAACUCAGAAAGGCAUUUAAAGCACAAAAGCAAAAACAUCAUGCCGAGCGCAACGGCCAUUGUCUUCACGGUUGUCUUUACGGUCGAGACACUCGUCAUCAUCAUAGCAAACACGUUAACGAUUUUUGUGUUUUGGACUCACAGAUUCCAUCUAAAGCAAAGCUAUCUUCUUCUUAUAAACCUCGCAGUUGUUGAUUUACUUGUCGGAGUCACAGAGUCAAAGGUCCUCGGCUCUGAGAAGAUCCCAAAUUUAAUUACAAAAGCUGAGCGAAAAGAAAACAGUGGCGCGAAUCCUACGGGAGCAUUUCAAGUUCUGGGCUUUACCACGUCGGUGUUCUUCCUCGCCUUAAUCGCGCUAGAAAGAGUUUUCGCCGUGUUAUGGCCGCUCCGUCAUCGUGUAACAAGCACACGCGCUUAUGUUUACAGCAUCGUCCUAGUUUGGGCAGCUGGUUUCUCCAUGGCCGCGAUGUCGACUUUGCUACCGACAUACCACCCAGAGGUGAGCAAGGUGUCUGAUGUAAUUGUUCAUUCGAGCCUUUUGAUAUCUUUGUUGGUUAUUUGUGCGAGCUACUUUACGAUCCGUAAUCGGUUGCAUUCUAAAACACUGGGAAUUGAGGUCCACUUGCAAAACGCGAGGGAACAAAACUUACGGCUUUCAAGGACACUCUUUAUAGUAGUUGCUGUGUCACUUGUGGUUUGGUUGCCAGCUUUUGUAGUGUUCAGCAUAACAGCGUUCUGUCGUCGAUGCUUUCCACCGCGUUUGGUGUGGUCUGCGAAUGUUCUUCACUUGGCCAAUUCUAUGGUGAAUCCAUUCGUAUACAGCUUUAGGAUGCCAAUAUUUAAAGUUGCCUUGAAAAAGUUCCGGAGGAAGCGUCGAAAAACCCUUAAAAUACGCAUCCUUCCUGAUAAUCAAGAAAAGCAACUUUGACGGUAUUACCAAAGUAACUGUACCAACUACAAUGCAUAGGCCAGCUUAAGGUAACAGUGUCAUCCUAAUUUGAAGGUUACGUUUUGAUACUGAAUUCUGUAGAGGACAUGAUUUGUGCACAAUAUCAUUCUCUACAAAAUAUCACCCACUUUGGACAUGUAACUUUUAAGUUAAAACCUCCAAGUACAUGCCAAAAAACGUGUGGUAGGUUCAAGUUGGGUGCAGCAUUUUUCCCUGCGACAAAAAAGGUGAAAAUGAGAUUCUGGGACAUUCAUGAGGAAUUACUCUUCAUAGAGAAGUUCUUAUAUCUAAUAUAAAAGCUCAGAAACAGGGUGAGUUACUUAUGGCCACAAGUUGCAUGCCCUAUGCUUGUAAAAUGGUUUUAUACUUUAUACAUUUAUUUGGCUUGCAGAAGAAGUUUUCUAGAUAGGCAUUUGGCGAUAAAAACAAAUCUAUUGGAAUUAGUCUACAUGUACAUAGGUAAAUUUUAAACAUGGAAAUUUCAAAAGCCAUAAAAUAUGUUUAAACUAAGCAUCACAUGAUAAAAAUGAGAGAAAUUAGAAAUGUACAAAGGCCUCAUAUAAGACAAUAGGAUUAUGUUAGAAAAGAGGUAGCUAACCAAUAAAAUAUGACGAAAUAUUAAAAUACUUGCCUUAAACAAAUAAAAUUGCGCGGAUUGAGUCAGACUGUUUGUUUAAUGUUGGCUUUAUGUCUUUUAUAAAAAAGCAUCUGGAAAAUUAGUCAGCCAGGUUUACUCUAUCAUUUUUAUUAGAUCUUGAAUCUUAGCUUAAUGUCUCUUGGUUCAUUUCCAUG